AGGAGUUAUGCGCAUGCGCACAGAAUGUAAACACGGCAGCAUGGCAGCGCGAGGAAAAGACAGGACAUUGAAGCUAUAGACUCCAGAGCAGGUUGAACAAAUGGAGUCUGUGAAGAAACAUCUGAGCGAGUUUUCACUGGAGGCUCAUGAUCUGUAUCUGAACCGAUCGGUUCCGUACCUGGAGCAGCCGCCGGAGCCCCUGAGCUUCUACCGCGACUGGAUUGGUCCAAACAAACCCUGCAUCAUCCGCAAUGCUGUCAGCCAUUGGCCGGCUCUGUCCAGGUGGACGCCAGAGUACCUGAGGGAGAAGGUGGGGUCAAAGGUCAUCAGUGUGGCAGUGACUCCGAAUGGUUACGCGGACGCAGUGAGCGGUGAUCGAUUCGUGAUGCCUGAAGAGAGAGAGAUGACUUUCUCUUCUGUUCUCGACGUCAUAGAGGGGAAGGGGGAGCACUCUGGUGUGUUCUACGUUCAGAAGCAGUGCUCCAACCUGCUGGAGCAGCUGCCGGAGCUCACGGGCGACGUGGAGCCUCACGUGUCUUGGAUGAGCGCCGCGCUCGGAAAGUUCCCUGAUGCUGUGAACUUCUGGCUGGGAGAAGCGAGCGCCGUCACCUCCAUGCACAAAGAUCACUAUGAGAAUCUUUACUGUGUGAUAUCUGGAGAGAAACACUUCAUCCUGCUGCCGCCCACAGACCGACCCUUCAUCCCUUAUGGUGUGUAUCAGCCGGCUGUUUAUCGCCAGCGGGACGACGGCGAGUUCGAGGUCAUCGAUCAGAGCGACUCUGAGAAGGUCCCAUGGAUCCCACUGGACCCGCUGGACCCGGACCUGGAGCGGUACCCACAGUACCGCGGCGCCCGGCCGGUCCACUGCAGCGUGAAGGCCGGAGAGACGCUGUACCUGCCGUCGCUGUGGUUCCACCACGUCCGGCAGUCACACGGCUGCAUCGCAGUGAACUUCUGGUACGACAUGGAGUACGACAUCAAGUACAACUACUUCCAGCUGAUGGAGAAGCUGUGUGAGGUCACAGGGGGGGGGGGACGUGACAUCACUACAGCUGUGUGA